AUGCGCUCCACACAGGGCUUCUGUCGCCUCCACGUCCUUCCUGGUUUCCGGGACGGUCAAAAAAACCACCAACACCGCCAAAUGAGUGCUCUCCCACCAGCGAUCGCUCCAGCGUUCCAAUACGCUUCUGAUUGUUAUAUCACUCAGUCGAUUCAAAUGGGUAUGGAGGGAUUGCACGAGCUGGGACUCAGUUGGCCAGUUGCGUUUGUCUCAGCUGCAGUGCUUCUGAGGGUGGGCACGGCGCCGUUACAUGUGUACGCAGAGAAGCUGUUCGCAGAACGACUACAUGCACAGAAUUUUUUGACUCGAGGCAUUUUGAAGAAAGUCAGCGAACGAUAUCGUGUCGAAUUGGGACCUAGCAAAGAUGGCUCGAAGCUGGAAGUCAAAACCUCCGAUCCGAAAAUCGCAAAAGUCACACAAGACGCUCUCCAGGAGGUGCCAUCGAUGCUCGCCGAGCACGGACUCCAGGCCGCCCGUAUUCAAAAUCUCAAAAUGUGUACAGUUCCAAUUUGGAUUUUCUCCUCGUUUGCUCUUCGAAACGUCAUCAAUUCUGAUUUCCAUCCAUCUGUAGCUGGUGCUCUUUGGAUUCCCGAUAUGUUGGCUCCGGAUCCGUAUUUUGUGUUGCCGGUCGCUGUCGGGGUGUUCGGAUUUUUGAAUUUAUAUUCCCAACGAAAAAUCUAUCCAGGAGUGAUCAAAACCACCAUGAAGCAGAAGUCAUACGACGCGGUUUUGGCCUUUUUCACAAUGUUUGCAGUCACAAUUAUGGCUCAACUUCCCGCGUGCAUCCCCCUCUAUUGGCUGAUGGUCUCCACUACCGGUAUGGCACAGGCUCAGCUGCUCCGUCAUCCAAAAAUCAAGGGAAUCUUCGGAAUCAAGGCGCUCCCCACCGACUCGACGACACCAAUUCGGGACCUUUUCAAAAUGAGAAAUGUCUAA